AUGCCACGUCCUCAAUACGUGCGAGACCUGAUUGAAGAGCAGGUCGAUGGCGGCAUGCCUUCAGCCGAUUUUCGGCGCAUGAUGGACUCCGCCAUACCAUACGUGGCGCAGAUGCAGGAGCUUGCCGGAAUCGACGUGAUCUCCGACGGCGAAUGGCGCCGAAAAUCGUACAUCGGCGUGAUAGCCGACAUCUGCAAUGGCUUCGAGCUAUCCAUCAAGGAGGUGCACGGACAGCGCCAGACCUGGCAUGUCGUCACGUCGGAGUUGGAGGUCGUAAACCCCGGACUGCUUGCAACGGAGGCCGGCUUCCUCAAACAGAACACAGACCGGGACGUCAAGGUCGCCAUACCGUCGCCAUACCUCAUAGGCGAGCGGAUGUGGGACCACGAGCUGUCUAAGGCAGCGUAUCCCACUCGGCGGGACUUCACGGAGGCGCUCGUGCCCGUCCUGCGGCAAGAGUUGAUAGCCCUCCGCGACGAAGGGGUCGCGGUCGCCCAGCUCGACGACCCCCACCUGUGCCUGUUCGUCGACCCGAAGGUGCGCGCGGGGUACGACGAUCCUCAAGCCGAGAUGGCCUACUGCGUCGACCUGCUUAACCGGGUCGUCGAUGGCGUUGACGGUGUCCGACUAGCCGUGCACCUCUGCCGUCGGAACAAAGGACGCGCCGGAUGGGUUGGUGAAGGCGGAUACGGACCGAUUCUGCCCGCUCUGUCCGAUCUGCAGGUCGAUAUCCUCAUGCUCGAGUUCGCGAUACCGGCGGCCGGCGACUUCGCCGUCCUGCGGGACUUACCCGAAAGAUUCGACAUCGGUCUGGGAUGCGUCGACUGUCGGAACAGCCACAUCGACACGCCCGGACGAGAUCGCCGACCGCGUCCGGCGGGCUGUCCAAUACAUCGCGCCAGAGCGAAUAUUGCUGCACCCGACUGCGGCUUCGCCGCCGGGGAGCUCGGCAGCCGACAAUCCCCCUCGACGAGGCGUAUUUGA